AUGCUGGUGGUGGCAGUGAUAGGAGGAGCGAAAGUGACGGCAGCAGGAGGAAGGAGCGACAUGGUCGAGAGCGCCGCCAUGUUUCAUGGGCUGAGCAUGAUCAUCCAGUGUAAGGGCCCGAUGCAGCAGUGCAUUCUCAAAGCGCAGGUGGCGGAGAAUGGCGGGAAGGUGGUGGAGGCAGGGGAAGACGCGAAUAUCGUGUGCUGCGAAGCGGACAAGAAGAGAGAUGAGAUCCUGUCCCUGCGCUUCGGGGAAUGCUCAGGGGCAGAGCUGGAGGGGAGGCUGCAGAAGGAGGGGGUGCGUGCCGUCAGUGUCAAGUGGCUGUAUGCAUGCUUGAAGCAGAAAGAAAGGAUCGACUGGAACCCUUUCAUCCUUGUAGAAGAGGAAGCUGCUUGUAAGGGCAAGGAGGAGGGCGCGUCGGACAAGGUGUGUGGGAAGAGGAGGAAGGAGGAGGAUCAAGGGAAAGAGGGGGAUCAGGAGGAAAGGGUGCAGCAGAAGGCUGUCAAAUUAGCGCCGAUCUUUGGGCCCAAGAAGACGGCAAAGGACCUGGUCAACGACAAGCAAGCAAGCCUGCUCAUGUGGAAGUCUUGUGACUUUCAAGGAGCUGAGAAGAUUGCUGCGUUCGACCUCGAUGGCACUUUGAUCAGGACAAAGAGCAGAAAGAAAUUUCCUCAGAACUUCGACGACUGGUGCUUGAUCCGUCCUUCUAUUCUCAAACCGAAGUUGCAAUCGCUCGUCAAGGAUGGAUUUUGCAUUGUGAUCAUCAGCAACCAGAAAAGGAUCGACAAGAAUCCAGAUUACGAGGCAGGGGUCGAGCAUAAGAUCUCGUCGAUCCACUCGGCCCUUGGCUGCCCUCUGAUCUUCUUUGCCUGCUAUGGCUCGGACGAGAACCGAAAGCCAGCUCCCGGGAUGUGGUUCAAGACAGUGGAGAAGAUGAAAGAGCUCAAGGCGAGAUCAGAGCCGUUGUCGUUGACAUUCACACGUUCAUCUCUUGCCUUCAGGGCUGCGAAGUCAACGUCAAAGGCUCUUUCUACGUCGGGGACGCAGCCGGUCGGCCCCUCGGGUACGUUGGAUUGA